GUCAUACUUCUAUUAUUGAAUGACAAUCUCUAAUUAAUAUUAGGCAAUGGGGCCUCUUGUUGGUUCCCGUAGCCUGACAUUGCGUCGUCAUGUUUGCAUCAACGCCUUUGCCGCAGCAAUUCCACGACGGGUGAUUUACAGGAACAGCCGACUUUACUCACAGGUAGCCAAGGAUGAGGCAGAAAGCUCAUCAAAGCGCACCAGCUUAUUAGACCUUUGGCAUAAAUAUGAGGCCAAUGAUGAAUUACUUGGACUCGGAUCAGAGGACAUCUACGUGGGAUUAUUAGGCAAGAGUCGCAAUGUCUCAAAGCAUCUCUCAUUCGCAGAUCUCACCACACCGUCCGGCGAAAUCAUUCAGGUCUGCUCUAGCUCUGAAAGAGACAGUGAAGCCCAUGACGAUUUCCGCCAGGUUCCAGCUUUCAGUCCCGUGCUUAUUCGUAUAAAGCAACAAGAGGCUGUAAACGCCGCUGAGCCCACUGCCAGUGAAGGCUCAUCAAAACGAACUGUCUACCUUGACAGCAUACGGGCCCUCAACAGCGUUCCGAAAAAUCUCAUAGUGACGCCCGAAGUCCAGUUCCCGCCAACAAAAAGACACCUCCAGAUCCGAUUUCACCCGGAAUUACAAGCCAGACUUCAAUUUAGAUCAUGGCUGAAAGGAAUGCUUAACCACAGCUUGCUCCAGAAGGGUUUCACUGAUAUAGAGACGCCGACUCUCUUCAAGUCUACCCCCGAAGGUGCUAGAGAAUUUCUUGUCCCCACACGACAAAAGGGUACCGCUUAUGCUCUAAGUCAAAGCCCUCAACAAUACAAGCAGGUCCUCAUGGCUAGUGGUAUUAUGCGUUAUAUGCAAUGGGCUCGCUGUUACCGCGACGAGGAUCUCCGCGCCGAUCGGCAGCCUGAAUUCUCACAGCUCGAUAUGGAGUGGGCGUUUGCUGGAGCCGAGACUGUGCAAAAAGAUAUCAAUGAUAUCAUCCUAGGAGCAUUAGCCGCCCUGCAGCCUGCACAUAGCUACAAGGAGAUUCGAGGGGAGGUGGUUCCAGUUGUUGCUGAUAUACCUUCUACUCCACCGCCAGCAGACCAACCUGUGGCCCAUCAGUUUACCAAUCUUACUUUUGCAGAUAGCAUUGCGGCGUAUGGCUCUGACAAGCCAGACUUGCGUAUUCCGUUGAGGAUACACGCCCUCCCGGAUCUUGAGCCUUAUCGUAACUUCGUUGGCAUGAUCACUCAUCUAUCUAACCCUCUUAUAGAGGCCUUCACAUUGCCAUUGAACGGCUGCUCUCCCUCGGAUGCGCGCAAAUUUGUCACUAAGUUUAUGGACGAGCUCCCCGCCUCUCUGGCAAAUAACCCAGAUGGCAAACCUCAAAUUCUCAUCCACGACUCGAGCAAGCCACUAUGCGGGUUCUCUUCGCUGGGCUUUGAAUAUGAGAGCGUUUUGGACUUAGUUUCAGAAAAGCAGGGUCUUCAAGACGGAGACCUUGUUGUCUUCCAGGCACGCGAGAAGCCUGCUGGACAAUAUUACUCGGGCUCAACUAGAAUUGGAGACGUCCGCAACUUGUUGUGGAAGGCACUUGUGGAAGCAGGUUACAUGGAAACCCCACGACUUGGUGAGCCAGGAUCGCUCCGGUUUGUAUGGGUAACAGAGUUUCCCAUGUUCAAGCCAGUUGAAGAGGGUGAGCCUGGCCAGGAGGGCGCAGCAGGAAUUGCGGCUUCUCACCACCCCUUCACGGCUCCUCUCUCCCAGAAAGACUUAGAGCUACUCUUUACCGAUCCCCUAGAGGCAAAGAGCGCUGCUUAUGAUCUGGUCCUCAAUGGAAUUGAGAUUGGCGGUGGUAGUGUGCGUAACCAUAUUGCGGACGUUCAAGACUUCAUCAUGCGGGACGUUCUGAAGAUGACCGACAAGAGAAUCAAGGACUUUUCUCAUCUGUUCGAAGCUCUACGAUCAGGAUGUCCUCCUCAUGCCGGCUUUGCACUCGGAUUUGAUCGACUUGCGGCCCUGAUGACCGGCACGCCGACUGUCCGAGACGUCAUAGCCUUUCCGAAGACGAUGAAGGGAGAAGAUCCUUUCGUUCAGUCACCCAGCAAGCUCAGCAAUGAGCAGCUUGCUCCAUAUGGCUUGCAACUCCGCUCAAAAUCUGCUUAAGUUGAGAGUGGAGUAUUCUUUACCACUAAUAUUUCGAUCACUGGGAUCAUCUCAAGAGUAUUCAUAUGACUGAUUAGAUAGGACGGCCACUGGAACCCGAUCAUGUAAAUGAGAACUGUAUGACUAUGACGUGCAGAGUCUUGGACGCAAAUCUUGUAUAAUAAAUGUCCAACCACAGCACCAUUUAGACAGCAUAUAUUCCAUUCAAUAACAUUACGAAC